CUUAAAUGAAUAGGACAUACAUCUGAGGAAAAAGGUCAAUGUGGCUACUAAAGCUGCUCUCUGGGGUAGUUGUCAGUUGCCGUGGAUUCCUGAGGUCUGUCACUAUAGCAACCCAUCCCUGCUCCUGAUCACUGCUGCCAACAUACCCUUUCUGCCACACGACGAGUCUCUCUUCAUCCUACUGGCCAAUCACCGGCUCUGAACUGUGCUGGAAUGGACACCGAGUCGACCCACUCGGGCUACUCCUACCACUCCAGCCGCUCCGGGCGUUCAAACCGACAUGGGGAUCGAAGCCAUGAGCGGCACAAGCCCAGCAGCAGUAAAGACAGCAGUCGCUCUGAGAGGUCCGUUGUCAUAAACCCCCCUGACACGCCAUCCCAGGACUCCCCUGUUCACAAUGGAGAGCCACUGCCUGGAGAACCCACAUCAGCAGCAGAUCAUGGAGAUGAUGCCCAGGAUGAUAACUGGGGAGAAACAACCACCGCGGUGACAGGCACCUCAGAGCUGAGUGUUUCCCAGGAGGAAGUGGUUGGCCUUGGGAAGGAAAUACAGGACCGGACCCAAGGCUUCCGCCGCUAUCUUCCCCUGGCUGUGGGCUCAUGUGUGGGGCUGCUGGUGUUGGCCACACCCCUGGUCUUUUUGCUCCUUCCUGCAGUAAUAUGGCCAGACAGGUUGCAGGCUUGUGGCACAGCCUGUGAGGGACUCUUCCUCUCCAUCUCCUUCAAGCUCCUUAUCCUCCUGGUGGCCAUAUGGGCCUUGUUUCUCAGACCGGGCCGCGCCAGUCUGCCCAGAGUGUGUGUGUACCGUGCCUUCCUCACCACACUCACUCUCCUGCUCACCAUGUCUUACUGGCUUUUCUAUGGGGUCCGGAUCCUUGAUGCUCAGGACGAGGACUACCAUGGUAUUGUCCAGUUUGCUGUGUCCCUUGUGGACUCCCAGCUGUUUGUCCACUACCUGGCCGUAGUGUUGCUGGAGCUCCGCCAGCUCCAACCCUGCUACAGCAUCUGCGUUAUCCGCUCCACAGACGGGGAGACACGUCACUACAACAUAGGACAGCUCAGCAUUCAGAGGGCUGCUCUGUCCAUUUUGGAGUAUUACUACAGAGAUUUCCCAGUCCAUAACCCAGCACUUCUCUCUGCUGCAAAGCACCGGGCUGCCAAACACCUGGCUGGUUUAAAGGUCUACAACGUAGAUGCCCCAGGGAACACAGCAGGGGCUCAGUCCAGUAACGGGAAUCAGUCACGGGCGAUAGCUGCCGCCAAACGCAAAGAUAGCGCCCACAGUGAGCUGUACUAUGAAGAGGCCGACUACGAGAGAAGAGUCCGCAAACGUAGAGCCAGGCUGGUGGUGGCUGUAGAGGAGGCCUUCACUCAUGUCCGGCGGAUGAAGAAAGAAGAUGAGAUUGCAACACCUUCUGACAUUAUGGAUGUGCGUGAAGCAGCUCUUGCCAUAUUUCCAUCUAUGGCUCGUGCCCUGCAGAAAUACCUCCGCACUACCAGGAGGCAGCACUGCCACAGCAUGGAGAGCAUCCAGAAACAUCUUGCUUUCUGCCUCAUCAAUAACAUGAGCCCUAAAGCCUUCCUUGAGGCCUACUUGGCCCCUGGUCCGACCCUGCAGUAUGGCCCUGAGCGCUGGAUGGCUGAUCAAUGGACUUUGAGUAUCUUUUUGUCCUUGUCGCUGUGCUGGGAGACAAAAAAAGACAGUGAAAGACAGAAAACAGGAGGGAAUGUGCUUGGAUUUCUCAGUCCUGACACAGUUCAGGUAUUUCUCUAUGCACUUCAAAUGACCCUCACAAAUGUUCUUCUUCCUUUAUUUGCAUGUGCCAGUGUGUGCCUGUGUGGGAGAGGUUAUGAUUUAGGAGUGUGUGUGAUUUAGGAUGCAAAAGUGUGUAUGUUGAGUGUAGUAUAAUCUGAGUUUGUCUCAACUUUUAUCCCCUUUCUCCGUAGCGUUACUAUAGUAACCAAGACAUUUGAUAUAAACUAAACCUUUUUCACCAAAACCUUUCUACGUCUUAGCAAUGCUUAUUUAACUGUCCUGUGUUACAGAUGUAUGUACAGUAUUUAUAUGUGAAUAUAAUUUCUUCUGCCACACUUUUAAAUCAAUUGUGCUUUUUUAAACGUGUUGUUUAAUCGUGUUUGUCUGCGCUUUGUGGUGAUAACCUGAUUGUAAAUAGCUGAAGAUGUGUUUGUAAGUGUCAGACAGAUCACUGGAGUCUCCUGAACUGAAUGUCAACCACAGUACAGCUGAAUACAAAGGGCCUAGCCGAUAGAUUGUGAACAAACACAUCUGACUGCUUGUUAUGUUUGCAUUUGUACAGUUAAGUGUGUGCUAAUUUUUCUUGUAGGCCAGGAGAGAGAUUUAAUGUUUGGACAGCUCUGAGGUUCACGUGGCUGACAUUUUUAUAUCUCAUGCUAAAGUUUAUGCUUUUGUCCUUGUUUGAUUUCAGAACUGUGCCCCUUAUUUGAUCCUAACACACCAUAAAGAGGAGUAGAGGAAUGUAUUUUCUCUGCAUAACAUAAAUCCUGAUAGCCAAAUGAAUUACAGCAUACCGAGCAACGAGAUUCUCAUAAAACAAUGCACUGAUUACAGGAGGUAUUUCAGAAGAUUUUUUUUCUCUGACAUAAAAUCCCUGGCUAAAAUUAAUAGACACUUGAUUCUUCCUGGCAAGUGUUUAAAGAAGUGAAAACAUAGUGUAAAUUAAAGCAUCUUAGAUUAAAUCCACCCACUGUCAGUAUUUUGUCUGUGAACAUUACCGCCACCUAUCGACCACUACUGGAACAGGAACACUAUCAUGAGUAACAGUCACACUGUUUGGAUGAAUAUUUUGAUGUGUUUUUAGAUCCUCUGCGUGUGUUACAACAUUAUAUUGUAAAUGUAUAUUUACAGAAGUGUUACUGUGGUCACUGACGGUGUAGUUUGGUUUAGGAUUUUAGAGUGUUACAGUUGUAAAUACUUUCUGACUACACAUAUGCCUCAGUUAUACAUAUUAAGGAUCUGCUCAGCAUACAUGUGACGUUUUCAAGUGUGCUUCUGUCUGUGUGUGUGUGUGUGAGAGAGAGAGAGACAGAGAAGAAGUGAGUAGAAGAGAAUAAAAGAAAACAGAUUGUACAUUUGGGAAAGCAAACAUCAUGCAGGUCCAUCUUCUUUCAUGCAAGAGAACAUGUCAAGUCAGCAGCUGUGUCAAAGUCACAUUUUUACAAAAAUAAAUAUUUGUAUUGACAUUUU